UCUGACGACACGGCGUUGCCAAGGUAACACACAUUACGGAAGAGCACGUGCCGGAAGUACCGCACUUGUAUAGUCGGAAGCGAACUCAUCUUCUCGGGUGACGUCAGCAAAUCACGCAAUCGAAGAUUUUUGCUAGGGUGAAAACAUGGGCUGCUGGGCCAAUCUUAAAUCCUCUAACUGGGCUUACCCCACUGCAGUCCUGUCAUUGUAUGGAUUCUUUGCUAACUGCAGAAUAGCAGAGCCUUUUCUUGCUCCAUACUUAAUUGGCCCUCAUAAGAACAUCUCUGAAGAAGUGGUUACUAACUACCUUUUUCCGAUCUGGACAUACUCCUCCCUGGCCUUCCUUUUCCCAGUCUUCCUGCUGACUGACCUUCUGAGGCACAAACCCAUCGUUGUGCUGCAGGGGCUCUUUCUGGUCAUCAAUUAUGUCCUGCUGUGCUUUGCCCAGGGAGUGCCUGCCAUGGUCUUCCUUGAGAUUAACUAUGCUAUGGUGACAGCAUCUGAGGUGGCCUACUUUUCCUACAUUUACAGCGUGAUUCCCUUGGAGAAUUACCAAAGAGCUACCGGUUACCUCCGAAGCGCCAUGCUUUUUGGGUACACAUUCGGUGCCGGCAUGGGCCAAGUUCUCAUCUCCCUGGCAGGGCUCGACUACUUCAACAUCAAUACCAUCACUCUGGGUGUUGUAAGCAUGGCUUUUCUCAUCUCCUUCUGGUUGCCAAUGCCUCAGAGGAGCAUGUUCUUCAAAGAGAGAAAGGCCAAACAUUUGGAUCAAACGUCAGACCAAGCAAGAUCCAUAGGAGCGGACAGGCCUGAUGAAACGGUGUUGGACGAGGAGGAUGCUGGCUCUGAGAAACAGAAGAUGGAGCGUCAUGACAGCGGUUGUUGGUGCAGCAAGAAAAAUGUGGUCAAUGCGGGUCAUUUACUUUGGCAAAGCUUCAGGGAGUCCUACUCUUCCAGACAUUUAAUCUACUGGUCCCUUUGGUGGGCUUUAGCCACAGCUGGAUAUACACAAAUCCUCAACUACAUCCAACUAAUGUGGAACCAUAUUGAACCAUCUGCUACAUCAUCCGUCUACAAUGGAGGGGUAGAAGCUGCAUGCUCUCUUGUCGGUGCUACAGCAGCCUUCUUAGUCGGUCACAUCAAGGUGAGCUGGGCCGUGUGGGGAGAGCUGGCACUGGGCUUUUUUUCAGCCAUCGGGGCAGGUGCUGUCUUUCUGAUCGCGUUCACCAGCAAUAUCUGGGCCUGCUAUGCUGGCUACGCUCUGUUUAAAUCAUGCUACAUGCUUCUCAUCACCAUCACUACAUUUCAGAUUGCUGCUAACCUCUCCAUGGAAUGCUAUGCGCUGACGUUUGGCAUCAACACAUUUGUGGCUCUCUUUCUGCAGACCAUGAUGACGAUUAUUUUUGUUGAUGAAGCUACUUUAAGACUGGACAUUGUGACGCAGUUCAUCAUCUAUGGGAGUUAUUAUGCCGCCAUCUCUGUGCUCUUUGUGAUUCGAGGGACCUACACAGCUUGUACCAAGCAUGCUUCUCCAGACACCAACCCUGCUGUGAAGGUGGUGAUCCAUGUCGAUUCUUUCUGAGCAAAAUCAACAAACUUUAGUUAGUAGAUUAGCAUUCAUUUUGGUGAUAUACUGUCGUCAUUGAAGCGGAUUGUAAUUAGGGAUAGAAAUUUAAACGGUGCAUUCAAUCAUUUUCUACCACUUUUUCUCACAAGGGUCGCGGGGGGUGCUGGAGCCUAUUACAGCUGUCUUCGGGUGAGAGGCGGGGUACACCCUGGACUGGUGGCCAGCCAAUCACAGGGCACAUAUAGACAAACAACCAUUCACACUCACAUUCAUACCUAUGGACAAUUUGGAGUCGCCAAUUAACCUAGCAUGUUUUUGGAAUGUGGGAGGAAACCGGAGUACCCGGAGAAAACCCACGCAUGCACCGUGAAAAAUGCGUGUCAGGUGCAAAUAACGGCUAUUUAGUUUUUUAAGUAGUUUACAGAAUAUAUAUAUUUUUUACUAAAAUAGUUUUACAAUUAAUAUUAAAUGUGUGUAAUGCACACAAAAACAGUAGAGCUAGCCUGACAAGCUAACUUAACAAACUUCUUGUUAGGUUGAAAUCUAGGGAUGAGUGAACCUGUCUGAAUGUUCUGAACUCCUCCUUCCUUAUUGAGUUAGACACGAAUGUAACGCCACUUCCUGGAGCUGACAUUAUGUGCAAUAAAAAGAGUGACUGUGAUUGAUGUUUGUGGAGUUUUUAUCUUAGAAUAAUGGAUUUAAUGAAGUGGUUAUAAUGAAUAUUAUUUUUUAGAGUGUACACAGCAGCAGGUUAUGGCUGUCCCAGUGGUUUAAUGACAACAGUAUUAUUUGUUUUUAUAUACUUUAUAGUUAUAGAGGCUGUAAUCUACAGGUACAUAAAAGAUGAUUAAAAACUAAGCUAUAAAAGUGUCUGCUGUUCUGUGGCCGCCUUGUUUUAUUGGUUCAGCAACUUCAGGGUGGAAACAGGUGUGGGUGUUUUCCCUUAAGAAGGAAUACCCAGGAACGCGAUCAAGUAGUUGUACACACACACA